AUACCUUUUUCAAACCCAACUGGAGUAGGUUUUGGAAAGUUUAUUAUUCUGUGAUAAAAGAGAACAGGGCCUCUUCUCUAAAGCUAGUGACUCAAUAGUUGGUUUUGCUUUAAUUUUUCUUUUUUCCUUAAUUAUUUCUAGAAUUUUAUUUUCACUAUUCUGAUGUUUGAUCACUGCAGGGGAUUUUCUUUAGGAAAUUAAUUUCUUUUGAAAAUUGUUGGAAUAUACAAGAUCCAAAUUUGUCCUAAGUUUUUCCAUAAUUCAGCUGUCAUGGUGCUGUUGGCUAAAACAUUGCCAUGACCUACAACAAAGUAACCUGGAUAACUGUGUAUAAUUAGGUUGACAAAAGUGUAAUGAUAUUUUGUUGGCUGUUAGCAUUAGUAACCCCACAGUAUUUGCAGGUAUACAACUAUUUUUUUCCCUAUUGAGAAACUGGACUGCUAAGAGGUAUGAGCAUUGUCCUGGAUUUUUUUUUGAAAUGGAGUUUUCCAGAAUUACUCCAGUUCUUGACUAGUUGCCAGGACUAUGUGAAAAUAGUUCUUCUGAGUGUAACCAGUGUGUAUUUGCUCCAUCACUGAUUAUGCUUUCUGACCAUUUCUGAGGAACAAAGGAACAAGGGUUUCCUCUUCAGAUGCUAUGAUUUCCAGUAGACAUGAAUGCUGGCAGCUUUCUUUGAAAAAUUAACAUCUGGCAUCAUCUUCUGAGUUAACAGUCAAUAUUCCAUGCUGAUAUUUCCUGUAAGCCUCAAGGAGAGUGCUUCUGCAAAAAAACAAAAAGCAAAAGAAAGAAAAAAGAAAGAUCUGUGACUUACUUGCUGCUGAGGAAUUCUUAGCACUUUUCACAGAGGAGAUUUCUGUUGGAUGUUGCUGAGUACCUUUUCAGUUUUUUAGAAUAUUCUUUUUACUAAUCUGCCACAAAUAUACUUUCCUUAGUUCUUUUUUCAUUAAUGUCAUUAGCACAAUUAUGUCAGAUAGUGGGCAGAGUAUACCUCUGAAGAAUUUCACAGGCUUCUAUGCUGUGGGCUAAUUGUAAGAGUGUGGUUGUCUCCAUUAUUGUACAGAGAAUUCUUGUGGCACAAAAGCAUAAAAUGUUUUGGCUUCAGUGCAAUGUAUUUAUUUUGGAUUCAGGCAAAUCUUUGGUGUAGAUAUGCCCAAAAUUAUACUGUAAAGUUUUUUGAAUGCAUGAAUCUUUAGGUAAUUCUCAUUAUUUGCUGGUGUCCCAUUCCAACUUAACCACCAGAUAACAAAACAAUGGGUAGCAAGACCUUGAAAAAAAUUACUUAAUCCACAAAUGCACACCUACCAUUUUACAUAUGCAUAUAAUUCCAUCCAAAUAUCCAAAAGUCCUCUCCAAACAGUAUCACGUACUUCAAACCACAGAUAUAAAGGAAUUUAUUGCAGAUAACAACAUAUUGAUUGAUAACAAUAUCUUACAAACCAUGAAUUGUUUGCUAAUAAAACAAGUUAAUAAGGGUCACCAAUUUCACAAUUUGGUAAAAAAAAGCUUCUGUUUUUCUACAUUAUUUCCAGGGUAUUUGUAGAUGUCAUGGGUUGGUGGUUCUGAAUCCAAAUUAGGUUUUAAAAAUGAAAGCGCUAUCACUGGUUCAUUCUUCAUGUUUCCAAUACAUUCUAAUAUGCAGUGAUUAUUUCAUACAUAUAUUUCUAAUAUAUUGAUUUGUACAUUUUAUUGACAUGACAGGUUUUGGCCACCUCAUCAAACAGUUGUUGACACUGGCAGGUGGUCGCAUGGUGCUAGCCCUAGAGGGAGGACAUGAUCUUACUGCCAUCUGUGAUGCAUCAGAAGCUUGUCUAAAUGUUUUACUGGGAAACGAGUUGGAACCCAUCUCUGAAGACCUCCUUCAUCAAACACCUAAUGUGAAUGCAAUGGUUUCUUUGCAAAAAUCCACUGCAAUUCAUAGGAAGUACUGGAAGUCUGUGAAGCCUUACAUCGUGCCAGUUAGCUGUAAGCUGGCUGAAACCCAAGAGAGAGAGGAGACAGAGGCAGUCUCAGCCAUGGCCUUACUUUCAGUGGAUGUUGAGCAAUCAUUUCUACCAGGACACGGCAGAGCUGCUGGCGAGCCUAUGGAAGAAGAGUCAGCCUUGUGAAGUGCCAAGUCCUCCCCUGACAUUUCCUGUGUGUGACAUCAUUGUGUAUCCCCCCUCCCCAAAAAAGCACCCUUAGACAUGUCUUGUCUGCUGCUUGGGUGGCAGAGAUCAGUUGGAACAUAAACAUUGGGCACAGAAUUCUGAACAGCAGCUUCACUUGUUCGUGGGAGAGACUUAAAAGAGCCUAAAAUUCCUUCAAUGUAACCACUAGAAUUCUAACAGUAGACUGAACCAGACUUGGAAGAGAAGGCAGAAUCUUGUGCCGAUUUUUAUAUGCUCUCUGAUCCACUCCCCAAAUUCAGUGGUAGAAUAGAAAUGUUAAAGUCAUUCUGCAUUCUUGUCUAUGGUUGUCUAUGAAAAUAGAAACAGCCUGUGAAGCCGCUAGGGAAAAAAACUAGACAGAAUCACAAAUCUCCCUCCUGCUUCUGACAUGUUAAAAUACAUUUUAGAGGGACUUUUUCUCUCUCUGAUCAGUUGAAAUGGUUCAAAUGAUUGAUUGGAUGUAAUGAAAUUACGAGUUGUUCUUCUGUAGUUCCACUUUAAAGGUGCUAGAGCAAUUUCAUGAGAGAAGCAUUAAUUUCCAAAGGGAAACUGGAUAGCAAGAGACAUCCAUUCUGAUUUUUUAGCUGCCCCAAAUGCAAGUGUGUUAAAUGGGUCUCUUCUUUAGCUUUCUUUUGUUGUUGGUGGUGGUUUCUGUAUUUCUGUUGUAAGUGAUAAUUAGAAUCCCGUGAACAUAAUUUGCUUGGGAAAGAAAGACUGAUGGUUUGUCUUUGGCAUAAUCCUGCACAGAUUACAAAAUGAUUGAUUGCAAACUGAUUCAAACUGAUUCAGCUUUUAGAAAUCAAGUUUUUCCCUAUCUGACUUAAUCUUGUUUCAGACCAAUCAUGUGCUACACUUUUAAGAGAAAUAAGCAAGACACUUUCUUGAAGUUUGCUGGAAAAUCCAGUACUUUUGCAGAUUAUUUUUUUCUUUGGAGUUGGCAUGUCAGUUAUUCUUUUUCACUGAAACCCAUUGAAGUUUGGAACUCAGUAGCAAGUUUCUGAGAGGUAUCUCCUGUUAUUUAUUUUCUUCUCUGAUGAAUAGUAAGAUUAUGCCACAAAUCCAUGUGGAUUCAUGAUUAUUACAGAAGAGAUGUGCCUUUUGCUGAUAAUGAAUCCUUAAACUCUUACACAUGUUGCCUUAUUGUCACAGAAAAGGAAGGUGUCUGGGCUGUCCUUUUGGGGUUUGCAAAUAAUGAUAGAAAAGUUAUAUCACUAAAAUCUUUCUCUCAAGACACACAUACAUGCACACAUACACAUACACAUCUGUACAUACAAACCUAUACAUACAGAGAAAAUUGUGUAUUAUUUAAUGUUCCCCAUUCUAUUUUA